UCGGCUGGAAUACAUCAGAAUUGUAAUAUGUGAACAAGCCUUCUAAACAAUCAUCUAUCGGAGAAUUCGCAGCUAACGAUCGGUAAGUGAAACAGACAUUAAUUAAUCCGUUGGUCGCAGUUAUUGAACGAAUCAUUACGGCUCGGUUCGUCGAGUUAACACUUGUACGCUACACUGCAAAUACACAGACAACACCGGCGCUGAUUUGCUGCCAUCGUGUUCGUGUUGUUUGCGAGAGUCAUGUGAGGAGCACACCGGAGUAUGUGCUGCAUACGGGCACCAGCCGGAGAGGUUCGGAACACCAAAUUUCGAGUGAGCGAGUUGGGGCGCUAUAACCACGGCAAAUAGUGUCCAUGGCAUUUGUGGAAAUCCAAUGUCCCAUCCCCGAGGGUCCCGGAGCAUCAAAAUUUCUAAGCAUGGUGGCUUCCAACGAUUUAUUAAUUAAACAAACAGGAACGUGAGCGGGGGAUUCCCCUGCUGAACAUUCGUACUCAAUCCACUUCAACGAGUCAUCUUUGCGGUAAACUUUACGAAGUUGGCCUGACCGCUUAACGUUUUUUAUGUUUCAAAGCAAUAUAAUGCAUUGGGGCCCUGCAAGUGUUAAUCAUGACAAGAUGAUGCUAGGCGUUAUUCAAACUAAGGCAUUUUCCAGGAUGCCCUCGAAAGACUGGCUGCGCUAGGGUUAGAUUAGAUUAGAUAACUGAAUUCAGAUUUUGGAAUCGGCCGGAAUACAUCAGGAUUGUGAUAUGUGAACAAGCCUUCUAAACAAUUAACCACCGGAGAAUUCGCAGCUAACGAUCGGUAAGUGAGACGGACCUUAAUUCAACCGUUGGUCACAGUUCUUGAACGAAUCAUUACAUGAAUCCUUUAAAAAGGCUCCAUCUAAAUACCAUAUGCAUGCACUGAAUCGAAAUUCAUCAAGCUCGACACCCGUAUUGCUUAAACUCGACAAAUGUCUCCUCAUGGGAACAUCAUCGAAGGCUCCGGGUAAUGUCAGAUUCCGUCAAUUUCCGUGACCGUUACCGAAAACCAUGAAGUUUGAUACCCAAAUUGCCAAAUUUGGACAAAUGUCCCCUUGUUGGAACAUCUCCGAUUCCGGGUUUUGACCAAUUCCGUCAAACCAAUUUUGUUAUGCCUUGUACACUCUUAUUCCGUUUCGGGUUAGAAAUUGAAGAAAGAACUUUUGCAUAGUUUUGUUGGGUAAUUGAAAAAAGAACCUUAUCACAGCAACCUCUGCCCCGUGAGGACACAACUGACGUUCCCACACCAAAUCAGAUUAAACUUUCUGCCACUUCCAACUUUGUUCCUUCAAAAUUAUGACCCGUGAAAUUCCGAAAUUCGCCGGGGCCAUUGCGUUGCCUCUGGUUGGCGGGCUGGCGAACGCGUACCUCACGCUGCCGGAGUUGCUACGGGGACACCAGCGGUUGAAUUUUCUCCCGGUCGUACCCCCGAAAUGGAUGUUCCCACCCGUCUGGACCGGCGUGAAUGCCGCCAUGGGUUACGCGUCCUAUCUGGUGUGGAAGGAUGGCGGAGGCAUCACCGGAAACGCCAAACUACCCCUGAUGUUGUACGGAACCCAGCUGGCGUUGAAUUGGACUUGGUCGCCGAUCUUCUUCAAGUUGCGCUGUUUUAAAUGGAGCUUCUUGGAAUCUCUUGUCCGUGCCGGGGCGGUCGCGGCCACCGGGCUGGCGUUUUUCAAUGUGAACAAACUGGCCGGUUAUCUGGUCGUUCCGUACUUUGUGUGGUGCACGUGUACCUCGCUGCUGAACUUUGAGUUCUACAUUCGCAAUCCAGGCGAAGGCGCAACCGUUGAAGAGGAGAGCUCUUAAAAUUGGUUCAAGUUUUCAUGAGCAAGGAACUGCUGAGCUGUGGAUUGUAUAUUCUUUUAUAAAUAUAUUUUUCUAAUGAA